AUUAACUGUACAUAUGGGUCUCUAAGACUAGUCAAUGGUUCUACCGAGAGAGAGGGAAGGCCAGAGGUUUGUUGGAAUGGAAUUGAUUGGAUUCCAUUGUCCAGUACGUGGUCCAGCAGUAACCUACGGAUUGCAUGUAACACAUUGGGCUUUGGUGCAAUGGGUGCAAAUGUUACUACUUUUGCUAAUAAAAGUGCAAACUUGUCCAUAAGGAUGAGUUGCUAUGGAAGGGUGUCAUUGUAUGAUUGUGAUUAUAGUCUAGUGAGGAAUGCAAGGCCAGUUCAGUAUAAUACUGGCAUUAGUUGUCCUGCUCCAAUGUCUAAUUGUAGUGAUGGUGAUAUUCGUUUGACUGGAGGGGCCUCAGAGUUAGAAGGAAGAUUGGAGAUAUGCUAUGGUAAAACCUGGGGAACUAUCAAUGAUUUUGGAGUGAUAGCACUUGAGUCUGCUGUUGUAUGCCGUCAGUUGGGUUUCUCUGAUCAAGAUAGCCGUAUUUACACCAGUGACAUCUUUGGAGGUGAUACACUUCCAGUUGCCUUUGAUUAUUUCGUAUGCCAGGGAGAUGAGGAGAGAGUCUGGGACUGCUCACUGCGUUACUACGGCUUUUUCUUCUUCUUUUAUGAUCCUAUUAGUAUACGAUGCCAGCCCAAAGGAAUCAACUCUACCUCUCCUCCUAUCCCAUCCUCAACUUCUCCUCCAUUAAUGAGUACCACAAUGACCUCGAGAAUAACUUCCACUGCCAUGUCAACCACAUCAGGGAUCCCCACAUCUUCUAAAAUUAUGAGCACUAGGCCUACACCAUCAAGAACAUCCAGUACUAUUAUACAACAAUCUUCCAGUACUUUACAACAAUCUUCCAGUGCUAUACAACAAUCUUCCAGUGUUUCUUCAUCUGCUACUAAGAGUGAAUAUGUAUCUUCUUCUUCAACUCCACCACUGGUUGAGCCAACAAAUGUUGGGCAAAUAUCUCUUACUGCUACUAUCAGUGGAGGAGAAAUAACUGCAGGAAACCUUGACCAGGAUGCUUUCAAAAAUGCUGUUGCCUUGUCUCUAAACAGUUACUGCGCAAAACAAGAGUGCUCCUCUAGAAAGAGAGAUUCUGACAAUGAAUUCCAGAAUAUUGAUAGCGAUAAUGUAUAUAUCAAAGAGGUAAAGGAUAUUGGAGGUGGCCGGAUGACUAUUGAGUUUUAUGUGAUGGUUAGAAGUGGUGUUGGAUAUGAUCCUGAUACUUUAGAGGAUGCCAUUAAAGAUGGAAUAGAUAAUGGUGUAUUUAGACGUGCUGGUUUCACCACUAUGACUGUACAAAAGACUAGUACCACAACAGUAGCAACUCCUGGAAAUACUUCUAGAUCAUCAGGUCUCUCUGCUGGUGCUUCUGCUGGUCUUGCCCUUGGAAUCAUCAUCCUUCUUAUAGUGAUUGGUGUAGUUGUGGCUGUCUUAGUUAUAAUAUGGUUAGAUUUACACUCAUGAUA